CGGCUUUGGCCGCGUCGCGUAUGGUUGUCUCUCUGCCAAGUCUCGCACGAGUCGCAAGCUCUCCGCUUCCCACCACCUCGACGCCCUCCUCCCCGACGCCCUCGCCGCAGGCCUCAAUUCUCUCGCAACCAUGAAGUUCUCCACCGCCUUCGCGACCCUUGCAGCGAUCGUCAGCGGCGCGGCCGCCCAGCUCACCAUCCUCAGUCCCGGUGGACCGGACCUCUGGUGGGUUGACGGUGAGGUGAACGACGUUACGUGGACCUGCAACUCGUCUCCGUACCAAAACUUCACCGUUCUCCUCGGCAGCUCGAACACGAGCAUCCUCACGUCUAACUAUGCCUUCGUCGCCGAGCAGCCCAACUACCAGUGCUCCGUCGAGAUCUACUCGACCCAGCUCACGAAGUUCCCACCCGCGGACGGCUACACCAUCAUCUUCGCCAACAUCCUGAACAGCUCUGAUAUCUACGCUACCAGCCAGCCGUUCGAGAUCAAGGCCGAAGGCGCACAAUACCCUGCGUCGUCCGCCACCCCGACGGGCACCGCUACCGCAACCUCCUCGGCGGCCUCCGCUUCUGGCUCGAGCUCGUCGGGCUCGAGCACCCAAUCGAACGGUGCCGGCGCGCUCGCGGUGCCCAUGGGCGGCCUUGCCAUGGUCGGCGCCGUCCUCGGGCUCGCGAUGGCCUGAUCUCCUUGCUCCUAUCAUCUUGAGCCUUGGACUUGGCAUCGGGCUCGUCGGGUUGCAUGCUGUCGGCUCAUGUGCUCAUAGGCCCAACACAUCACAUCUCUUCCAUUUUGGGACAUUUGAAAGUCACUCUUGUUGCUUAGGGCUCUGCUUGUACUGCCCACGAUCGUUAUACCAUACCGCUCCUUUAACUGCUCGAA